AUGAGAAUCAUAUUAAUCAUGAGUACAGCAACCCAAACUAUCAUUGCAUCUCCAGCAGCAGAAGCAACAACAACAAUCUCUCCAUCUCCAGCAGCAGCAGUAGCAACAACAAAAACAAUCACAACACCACCAACAGGAGCAGUCUUUCAACCAUUCAUUGGCAAUCGCGUUAAACCAACAUACCCAUUAAGACAAGUCCAACGCAUUAGAAAACAAAUAUCAUCCACGUUAAAUAGACAUACAGGUGGCGACCAAGAACUACAAUCAGAGGUUCUAAGAAGAGAAAAGAUCUACAACGAUGGUACAGUUUUUAUGGCUACAAGAGAUUAUAGUUGUCUCAACAUCAUUAGAAAGAUGCACAAGGAAGCAAAAGAUGGGAAAAAGAAUCAUUUUACAAAAACACAUUCAUUUAUACUAAUUCCUUUCUUUAAAAGAAUAUUAUCAUCGGUAUCACCUUUUCAUACUGCUUCACAACUAAGAGAUUUUGGUUUCAAAUUUGCAAAUGGUGCAUUCACAAACGCCAACAAACAUGCAAAACAAUAUGGACCUGGUAGAAACAUUAGAGCAGAGGAGUAUACACAAUUCUGCCAGGCUCUGGGACGAUCUGAUAUCAAUAAAACAGAUGCCAACAAAAAGAAAAUAAUGGAGGAUAUUAAAGAAUUUUAUGCUCAAACAACGAUUACAGAACCUUCUUCAAAAUGUAGCACAAAGAACCAAAAGGAUGCCAACAAUAAGACAGUAAGAGUAUCGACACCAAUAAGAAAGCUACUGUGCCAAUCAAUUGCACAGGCAUAUGCUUAUUAUGUUGAAUUUAUUGCGAAAAAGUACAAAGACUGUUCAGACAAUGAUGAAAAGACACCAAUCCAUCGCAGUACAUUUUACAAGUUUGUACCAUCUGAUGUUGAAAUCUUCAACAACAGAACUGAUACUUGUCCAUAUUGCCAUCUAUAUGACGUGCUCAAGGCAAAAGCAGAAAAGACCACGCUCACAGAAAAGGAAGAUACAGAUUUUAAAACCUGUAAAAUUCACAAGGAAUUUGUUGAAAAGAGAAAAAAGGAUUUCGAGAAAAAAAAGGAAUCAUUGACAAAGGAUCAAGUCAUUGUAUUGAUGGACUUUAAAGAGAAUAUUGCACUUGGAAUGGGACCAGAAGAACUCAGUCAAAAUUUCUAUGGAAAACCACAAAGAAGCAUUCUUGGAAUGGUUAUUUACCAUAGAGAUCCAGCGACAAAUGAAGUGGUUAAAGAGCAUUUUGAUGUUUUUUCAGAUGUUUUAAAUCAUUGUUCGUCAUAUGUGAUUCAUAGUAUCAAGCUAUUCUUUUCCACAUCAGAGUUGUUCAAAGCUAGACACUUUUCACAAAUCUUCUUUUGGAGUGAUGGAGCAAAACAUUUCAAGUCUGCCGAGAUAUUAUCGUUUUGUAUUGACCUUAAAAAGUCACCAUCACAAAGCCUCAAUAGAGUGGAAUGGCAGUUUUCUGCACAAUAUCAUGGAAAGAGUGAUGUUGACAGACACUUUGCAGAUCUCUCAAACAUCACAGCUCAACAAUCAAAAUGUUAUGAUAUUUAUACUGGCAAAGAUUUUAUCAAGGUGGUGACAGAUGUUACAGUUAGAAAUAACCUUUACAAGUGUUCACAAGGAAGAAAAAAAGAUUGUGUACAAUUAGAGAUCAAAGAGUUUUCUUUGGAUUCAUUAAAACACUAUGAUACCUAUAAAAAUAUUGCAGGUUUCUCUGAUUAUAAUGAAUUUGUUUUUACCAACAAAAGUAUGUACAUGGGCAGUCAUGAAGUUAAUUAUGAACUUGAUCCCAUUAGAUUUACAUAUAAAUUUUUGUCUCAAAAGGUAAAAGUAGGCCAAGAAAUCGAUAUCAAGCGUGGUUUCAAAGAGGUUGGAGUAGAAGAAGCUCAAGUUGUAAAACUCAAACAAAGAAUGGUGAAUGCUACCAAGAUAAAGUUAAAUAUCCAAUCAUCUUCCUCGUCAUCAUCUACAUCAUCAACAGAACAAUAUGAUGAAAAGACUAGAAUUUCAGAACUUAAAUCGUUAAAUGUAAAACAAUUAAAAGUGAUUAACAAAGAAUGGACUUUUCGUUCAAAGGCUUUGAAAGGAGAAAUAAUUGAUACUAUCAUCAAAUAUGAAAAAGAAGCAAUCGCAGAAAAAAUGGCAUUAGCAAGAGUGGAAAAGAUUAAUCAAGAGAAAAGAGAUAAUUUAAUUUAUUUCCAACAACAACAUGAAGAAAAGAAAGAUAACAAAAGAAAAAACACAGAAGAACAAUCAACAAACAAUAAUAUUAUAAUACAAGAAGAAGAAGAAGAAGAAGAAGAAAGAGUAUUCAAAAAAAGAAAAACUCACAAUAAUGCCAUUGUUGAUGAUGAUGAAGAAGAAAAAGAAGAAGAAGAAGCAGCAGAAGCAAAUAGUAUUAAACAAGCUAUAGAAGAAAAAAGAAGAAAGUUUAAUGCUAUGUUUGUCGAUCAAGAAGAGGCAAUCAAAACAAGACAUCAUCCCAAAAAAGAUAACGAACAAGAUACCUUUGAACAACAAAUUCGUGAAGGAAAGAACAACAUCACAAUCGACAAACCUGCUUCGAAACCACAAGAACAAGGACAAUGGAAUCUCAAAAUAUUCUCAAUGGACGCUCUCUUUUCUAUCGAAAAUUUCAAAAAUACCAUUGACAAGAUCAUCCAACUUUUGGCCAACUACUUCAAGGGGUAUUCACUUGACCAAGGCUUUAAUAUCUCUCUCGUCCCUAUUCUCUAA